UCGCGACUUGCAAAUAUAACCUAUAUUCAUAUGUAUAUAUAUUUACACGUAUUACAUAGUAAAGUAGUGUCAUAAGUGCGAUCGUACUAGUCGUCGAUCAGGCGAUAGAUAAAAUUAUUUUAGAAUAAGAACAAAAUAGAAAAGAUAUCUACAUAUAUAUAAUUAAUCAACCUUUCAAAGAUGAUGGCUAACUGUGUGAGGAAUAUCAGCCGUGAGACUUCUCGACGUAAUUUCGCAACAUGGAACGAGAUUUUCUCAGUAUUUUCCGGUGGACGUAACAACUAUGCUACAGAAGCAUCAUUCGAAACGAAACCUUUCAGAUUACAUAAAUUAGAUUCUGGACCGUCAACAAAAGUAACAGUAUCACGAGAAGACGCACUUGAUAUUUACAAAAAAUUACAUACUAUCAGACGAAUCGAAACUGCUGCUGGUAAUUUAUAUAAAGAAAAAAUAGUUCGUGGAUUUUGUCACUUGUAUUCUGGACAAGAAGCAUGUGCAGUAGGAAUGAGUGCAGCCUUAAGGUCCCAGGACUCUGUGAUCACAGCUUACCGUGCCCACGGUUGGACUUAUUUGAUGGGUAUUCCACCAGUAGGAGUACUGGCUGAGUUGACGGGUAGACAAAGUGGUAAUGCGCGUGGUAAGGGAGGUUCUAUGCACAUGUACGCCAAAAAUUUCUACGGUGGAAACGGUAUCGUUGGUGCUCAGGUUGCACUGGGGGCUGGAAUAGCUUUUGCACACAAAUACAAAGGAGAUGGAGGAGUAUGUUUAGCAUUGUACGGUGACGGAGCCGCCAAUCAAGGUCAAAUUUUUGAAGUUUACAAUAUGAGUAAACUGUGGGAUGUUCCUUGCAUUUUUAUCUGUGAAAAUAAUCAGUAUGGAAUGGGUACAAGUGCUGAAAGAGCUGCUGCUAAUACAGAGUAUUAUACCCGUGGUGAUUACAUACCUGGAAUCUGGGUUGAUGGUAUGGAUGUAUUAGCUGUCAGAGAAGCCAUGAGAUUUGCGAUUAAGCACUGUACAUCUGGCAAAGGACCACUUGUAAUGGAAACAAUGACAUACAGGUACAGUGGUCACAGUAUGUCAGACCCUGGUACCAGUUACAGAACAAGAGAAGAAAUUCAAGAAGUCAGACAAACUCGUGAUCCAAUCACUGGUUUCAAAGAACGAAUUCUUAAUGCUAAUCUCGUUACUGCUGACGACUUGAAGAAAUUGGAGUCAGAAAUAAAGAAAGAAGUUGAUGAAGCUGUAAAAAUUGCCAAGGCCGACAAAGAAAUUGAUGAUCACGAGCUCAGUGCUGAUAUUUACUCCGCUUGCUUGGAAGAUGAAAUUCGUAAUGUCACACCAUUUACUUCUCUAAAGCACAGUAGAAUCGGGCCAGCCGUCAACGCUUAAACCAUAUCGACACCUUUUAUAGUUGAAUUUAUUUUUCAAUAAUUUAAUGAAUAAAAUAAUUAAUUAAAUACCCAAGUAAUUAACGGCUCACAUCUUGUCGUUACGUCUUAGUUUAUGUAUUUAAAUACAAUUUAAAUCCGAUAAAAACUUGUUAUCAAUAAAUCGACUUAGAAAAUUAAACAAAUUAUUUAAAAAAGUAUCAGUCGCUGUUAUUGCCUGCUUGGACAACAAUGUAAAAAAAUAUUAAGACGAUUAUCAAUCAAUUUUAAGAAAUAAAAAUCACGACGUUUAUUAA